CUCGUUUGCAAAUUUUACCCAAGUGGUCAACAAAAUAUACAUCAAAAGCAGAGAGCUCGGCGGUCUCGUUCCACAUUCUCUCUUCUAUUUCAUCAGUUUCUCCGCUGCUACCAUGAGCCUCUCCUUAUCCUUCACUCAUCCAAUCUUAAGCCGCCACGUCUAUUCCGCCGUAUUUCCUCCUCCCCGUUUUCUCUUCCUCUCUCCUCUCAUCCCCACCACGUCCCGUUUCCCUAUUCUCUACCGCGCGCCCCAACGCGCCACCGCACUCUCAGCCACCGCUGUAACCGCCUCUAUCUUCCGAGAUACCGCUGCUUCCGCCUCUGUCUUUGCUGGCGCUUAUGCUCUCGUCUUCACCUUCGAUAUUCUCACUCAAAAGGAGCUCAUUCAGCAGAAUUUAAGUAGAAAAUUGGUGCAUAUAUUAUCUGGAUUACUUUUUGCCAUUUCCUGGCCAAUUUUCAGCAACGCCGAUGAAGCUCGUUACUUUGCAUCUCUGGUUCCACUUUUCAAUUGCUUAAGGCUUGUAAUUCAUGGUCUCUCUUUGACUGAUGAUCAAAGCUUGAUCAAAUCUGUUACUCGAGAAGGAAAUCCCAAGGAAUUGCUUAGGGGGCCUUUGUAUUAUGUUGCGAUGUUGAUGUUAUGUGCUCUUGUGUUUUGGCGUGAAUCCCCUGUGGGUGUCAUCUGCUUGGCAAUGAUGUGCGGCGGAGAUGGUGUUGCAGAUAUAAUUGGAAGAAAAUAUGGGUCGUCCAAGAUUCCUUAUAAUCAAAGUAAGAGUUGGGUUGGCAGCAUUUCCAUGUUUGUUUCAGGAUUCAUCAUUUCUAUUGGGAUGCUGUACUACUACUCAGCUCUGGGUUAUUUACAAUUGGAUUGGGGAUAUACACUGCAUAGGGUUGCUUUCAUUUCUCUAGUGGCAACUGUGGUUGAAUCUCUUCCAAUUACCAUGCUAAUAGAUGAUAAUAUUUCUGUUCCUCUUGCUUCCAUGCUUGCUGCCUAUUUAACUUUUGGUCACUAAUUUCUUCCUGGCUAAUCUACUUUUAUAUUCAUUUUA